GCGCACCUUAUGAGCUAUAAGUCUGCAAAUAAUUUUUUCUGCUAUUUCUCCGGCCUCCUAUCUAUUAUCUAUGAUAAUAUAUAUGUACCUAAAAAAGUGCGCGUAGUUUCCUUCUAUGAGUCCGUAAUUAUAAUGAAUUUUUGUUGCUGGGGUACAAAUAUACCCCGCUUGGUACUUAAAGCAUGUGUUUUAUUGCGCCGGCGUGAAAUACCGCCCUAAGUACGUCGAAUUACUGAAACGAUGUGCAGUCAGUUCACUGCGUGUUUGUGCGUCUAUUGUAAGAGAAAUAACCGUUUUAUUUUAUAAUAGUGUCAGAUUUAUAAUAGUGUGAGAUUUGAUAUUCCUGAAAAUGAGUGAAAAACCUAAAUUUCGUAAUGAAAACAAACUUACCGAUGACGAGUUGCUUCGAAUAUUAGAGACAGAGGAAUUUGAUUACUACUUUGAAAACGAUUUAGCCUUGGAAGGUGCUGCAAGUGAUAUAGAAGAGACUGAUGUUGUGGAUGAAAAUGAUGAAGUCGAUGACCUCUUGCUCAUUGGUGAUAAUGAAGUGGAUCUGGUAAGCGAAUCUGUUUCUGAGGGCGGCGAGAAUUUACGUUAUAUAGCGAAGGACGGUUCCGAAUGGGCUAAAAUACCGUACGUUACGAGAGUAAAAAGGGCAAAACAUAACAUACAAAAAUUGCCAUCGGGUCUAACACAAUACAGUUCGAAAUUUACAUCUAUAAAGGAGGCGUUUGAUCUAUUCUUCUCUGAAGAUGUAAUAAAUAUAAUCUUGAGAGAAACUAACAGAAAAGCCGAAUUUGUGUAUUCCAAAAAAAACAAAGCGUUUGUUCCAAUAGUAAAAGAAGAGAUGGACGCUUUUCUUGGUCUUCUUAUAAAUUUUGGAGCUGUUCAUGGUAACAAGGAACCAGUUUAUGUUUUAUGGAGUCAAGACCCAGUUUUGUGUCGUCCAAUAGUAUCAGCUUCGUUGUCUCGCAACAGAUUUCAGCAAAUAAUGAGUUUUUUGAGAUUUGAUAAUUUUGAAACUCGCGAAGAACGAAAAACUGUUGACAAAUUGGCACCAAUACGGGAUAUAUUCGAUAUAUUUGUAUCGAAUUGUAAAAAAUCUUUCAAUCCGAACGGUCAUUUAUGUGUUGACGAACAGCUAGUUCCAUUCCGAGGAAAGGCUCCAUUCAGGGUUUACAUGAAGAGUAAACCCGACAAAUAUGGGAUCAAAAUUUGGGCUCUUGCGGACUGUGAAACUGCCUACACAGUAAAUAUGCAGGUUUACCUAGGAAAAAUUGGUAACAAACCAGAAAAGGGUCAAGGUCAGAGGGUGGUCUUGGAUAUGGUAAGCCAUUUAGGACAGGGAUAUGGAAUUACUACUGACAAUUUCUUUACCAGUAUUGAACUGGCAGAUAAAUUGUUACAGAGGAACCUAACACUAUGUGGAACUUUACGGCGAAAUAAGCCAUAUAUACCUAGCGAGUUACUUCCCGCCAGGUACAAAAAAGAUUUUUCAAGUAUGUUUGCCUUCAUGAAAGACAAAACACUGGUCUCGUACGUUCCAAAGAGAAACUCCGCUGUCGUUCUUUUGUCAACUGAACAUCGAGACGACAAAAUAAGUGGUGCUGAUAAUGAUUAUAAGCCUGAUAUAAUACUACAUUAUAAUAAAACCAAAGGAGCUGUAGACACGACUGACAAACUUGCUAAAGAAUACGCCACCCAAAGGAAGACCAACCGGUGGCCUAUGGCAAUUUUCUUCCAUUUGCUGGAUAUUGCAGCUAUCAAUGCUUACAAACUGUGGAUUCAUGCUAACCCAGAGUGGAAAAAAGGUCGUUUAGAUAAAAGAAGAAUGUUUUUAUUGGAACUAGGUCAUCAAUUAGUAAGAAAUAAUAUUAUUUGCCGCUAUAAUAAGGAUCGUUCAUUGCACGAAAAAAUUAAGCAAAAUAUGGUAACCGUUUUACCUGAACUGAAAACAGAUAAGGAAAAUAGAGAGCAGGUUCCAAAUCAGAAAAAAAGUGGCCGAUGUCACCUAUGUCCGAGGAAUGCUGAUAAAAAGUCUAGAAAACAUUGCGUCCAGUGUUCAAAAUUCGAAGGCAAUCCUGUUGAGAGAUUCGUUGGGUUUAAACCGCUACGUGGCCAUUUGAGUGCUGACAUCGAGGAAGAUGUUUUGGAAGCAUUAAAAGACAUGGAACUCGAUAUCAAAAACUGUCGCGGCCAAAGCUACGAUAAUGCAGCGAACAUGUCAGGGCGUUACAAGGGUCUCCAGGCGAGGAUUAGAGAACACACAGAUGAAGAAUUCUACAAGUUCUACACAUUCUUUUCCGCGUCCACUGCAAGGUGGAACAUUCUGGAACAAGCGUUUUCUGAAAAGAAGAAGUCCUUCACGCUGAAACGAUUGUCAGACACACGUUGGUCUGCCAGGGCUGAUGCACCUGCCACCCUGAUGAGGGGAUACGCAGAAAUUAUCACUGCUCUGAGACGUGUCGGGUCCGAUAAAUCUCAGAAACCGACAACAAAGAUAGAAGCCAACGCAAUCGCGAAUAAUUUGGAGAAAUGGGAAACUGCGAUGUUGACCGCCAUGUGGAACCGUUUUUUGAAUCACUCCAAUCUCACCUCCAAGUCGUUGCAAAACCCAUCUAUAAGCCUAGGCAAUUCUCUAGAACUAUACCAAGGUUACCAAGAACUGAACGACCAUUUUUGUCGAGAUUUUUGUGUGCUCUUCGAUUGCCAUGGAAUGAGUCUACGUGAAAUUAGAAACGCUGCGACAAAACUGAGAAGUGUUAAUAAGAACGAUUUGGAUGAAGGCUUCGAAGAGGAACUUCUGCAUUACUUGCAGUUUGCUUCGGGAAAAGAUAUCAAGAGCCCAAUCGAAAUGUACAAGUACUUGAAAGAAAGCGCACCUUUCCAAAUGUAUGCAUUUUAUUGCGCGUGUACUUAA